CAGCUCGGGCGGGCGGCGGCGGGCGUGCGGGGGGCGGCGGCGCCCAAGCGGACACGGAGCCGGUCAGCAGCAGCCGCGGCGGCGCCGCAGGGACGAGCGCCCAGGGUCGGUCUGGGGUUCUAGCAGCCGCAGCUGUGAGCUCUCCCGGCCCCGCCCCACAGCCCCGUGUGGAAGAUGCCUGAACAGAGCAACGACUACCGAGUGGUGGUGUUCGGGGCGGGCGGCGUGGGCAAGAGCUCGCUGGUGCUGCGCUUCGUCAAAGGCACGUUCCGGGACACUUACAUCCCCACCAUCGAGGACACCUACCGGCAGGUCAUCAGCUGCGACAAGAGUGUGUGCACGCUGCAGAUCACUGAUACCACGGGCAGUCACCAGUUCCCAGCCAUGCAGCGGCUGUCCAUCUCCAAGGGCCAUGCCUUCAUCUUGGUCUUCUCGGUCACCAGCAAGCAGUCGCUGGAGGAGUUGGGCCCCAUCUACAAGCUCAUCGUGCAGAUCAAGGGCAGUGUGGAGGACAUCCCCGUCAUGCUGGUGGGCAACAAGUGCGACGAGACCCAGCGGGAGGUAGACACCCGCGAGGCCCAGGCUGUGGCCCAGGAGUGGAAGUGCGCCUUCAUGGAGACUUCGGCCAAGAUGAACUACAACGUCAAGGAGCUCUUCCAGGAGCUGCUCACGCUGGAGACGCGCCGGAACAUGAGCCUGAACAUCGACGGCAAGCGCUCCAGCAAACAGAAGAGGACAGACCGCAUCAAGGGCAAAUGCAUUCUCAUGUGAGCCCAGAGAGCCCGCCACCACCGGCACCCCUUUGUCCCGGGCACGGGUCUCUCCCCAAGUCCUGUGUCCUCUUCCUGCUCCCUUUCUCCUCCUCUCCCGGCCUCCCUCCCACCUCUUCCACUUCUCUCCCUUCAUCCACCAUUUACGGAGGGGAAACUGAGGCCUUGCCGAGCCUGUGGCAGAUCUGGGCUUGUGGCAACCCAGCUCUGUUGCAUCACUCUGUUGUCCCCUCCCUCUUUGCUCCAACACCCCAUCCUGUCUGUAUCCCUGGAAGGCGAGUGCUGGAGGUGGCCCCCAUGAUCUGCACGUGGGAAAACAGGCGGUGGGGGGGAAGCUGUUUGUCCCUAUCUGGACUGAGGACACCGGUUUUUUUCCCCAUCUCCGUGUCUGCCACUCCUGCCCCUUCCCCUUGGGUCCCCCCAUUAGAUCACUGUGACCUUGCUGGGGAGGAGGGAGUUGAAAUGCACAUGGACCUCAGAUUUUGUUUUCUCCUAUUUGGUGUUUAACAUACACUCCCCUCCCCUUUCCAUCCCUCAUGACCUCUGACCUGGGCUCCCCCAACCCAGGUCCUAGACCACUCCUCUCGCCCCCAUCCCCACAGCUUGGUGGGGGGCUUUGCGGGCUGGGUCUCAGGCUGCCAGGCAAUAACCAAACAGGGCCCUCAGCAGUGCUCCACCAGCCCGGAAUCCCACUCCACACCCGGCCUGGGCCUGGGGUGCAGGUAGAGGAGGCCCAGAACCGGCCAAUGGCCACAGCACAACUCCAGGAGACUGUCUGGGAUGAAUAUGGAGGGCCUUCCUGGACACAGCCCAUGGACAGAGAACGAGGGGAGGGGGAGCCAGACCCUGUCAGAGGCAGGCAUCCGGACCCAGCACUAGCAAGGUCCGUGGGGCUGGAGGCAGAGCUCUGCCCAACCUGUUGCCUUCCACCUACUAGGCCAUGGAGGCUGCCCAGGAAGGUGUGUGUCCUGGAGUCAGGGUGUGCCCGCCACCCUGAAAUUAUGUUUUUUUAAGUGUCUAGAUGACACCACACUCAUGGGACCCAGUGAAGCUGUGUCGGCCAGUGUGAAGGUGACCUGUAGGCCUAGGGUGGCGGGGGGGAAUCCCAUGGGAUGAUGAACUAGGCACCUCGGUGUGCUGGGCAGAUGGCUUAUGUCUAAGCAUGUAUGGGGGGCUCCUGUGUGUGUGACAGUAUGCAGUGUGAUCACAGUGUAGAGAGUAUGGAGAUGUGGGUCACGUGGUUGCCAACAGGACUGGACACUUGUGAUGGGUGACCUUGGCACCUGCAGGAGUGUGGCUGUACGUGGCUGCAUUUUUGGGUGUGGGUGAUGUGAUUUGUUAAUAAUAGAAAGUAUUGGUAAACCUUUUUGUCCUGACUGAGGAAUGCCACACCUGUUUCAUUCUGUAGUAAGGUGUCUUUCAGCCUCACAUCUGUAUCCAUCAGCUGUUGCUAGGGAACACAUGACCACAAACUCAGCAACUUGCAACAGCAUUCAUUUGUGGCCUCAUCUGAAGGGAUGACCAGGGAUGGACCCACAUCCCAGCUCAUGUGCUCGUGGGCAGCAUUCAGUUGCCUGUGGUCUUGGGAUGGAGGGUCUCAGCUGCCUGCCUCCUGGGCCUCUCCCUGGAGCCAUUUAGUAGCACUGGUCUCAUGAAGUGUGAGGAAGCUGUGUGUAUGUGUGUGUCUGUGUGUAUGUGCAUGCACACAUAUGAGAGAGAGGCCUUGUGGCUGUUGUCAUGUGACCACGUGGACUGUAUGUGGGUGAGAGGGACUGUCUGUGUCCAUCUUGGUAGCAGUGUGUUUUUCCCCUUGCAUCUGUGUGGCUGUUCAUUCCGCAGAUAUUUACUGGGUAUACUGUGUGUGUGCAUAUGCACGUGUGUGUCACUGCCCGGCAUGUGGACAGGCCCAUGGAAGAACAGGUAACAUCCUGUCUGGGUAUAGCUGAGCCACCCUGGCCUGUGGUGGGUCCAGGGCCCACAGCAACUGGUGUUGACCCCUCCCACUUGAAGGUGCCAGAGAAAGUGGGGCUGGGCGGGGGUCUGCGGCCCUUUCUCAGGGACACACCCUGAUAGCACAAUCUCCCUGGGGCCCUGCCCGCCUCCAGGCCUCUCCUGCCCCAGGCCCUGCCCCGACCCUGGGGGACAGAGGGGUUCUGGGGACCGUGCCAGGCCAUGCUUGCUGUGACUCCGCCCCUGCCCCUUUGCCCCCUCGCAUGUGGGUGUCCCCCUGCCCCCUGUUGUGGGGUCUGUGUAGCAUUCACUUUAGAAAUAGUCUUCCUGCAAUAAAGUCGUGGAUUCCACAUUCC